AUGUUGAUUUGCCGAAGUUGCUGGCUUCUUUGUAUUGGUUUAUCGUCUCUCCACCUUGCUUUUGCGAGUUUGCCCAGUGCGGAAGUGGAAGCCUUGCGCGAGAUGUUUCAAGUAGCCAACCUCCCUUGGGAGGGAAAAGAUCCAUGCGCGCUUCGUCAAGUGGGCUGCGAUAACCACACUGUCAGCACUGUCAGCCAUUUAUUUUUCCCACGGCUGAAUAUCACUUCGCUCCCCGAGUCAAUUGGACAGCUGAAGUCUCUAGAGGUGUUGGUUUUGAACGACAAUCUAUUGACUGAAAUACCUCCUGUGAUUUGGAAGUUGCAAUUGAAAUUGCUGGAUUUGAGCGGAAAUUGGCUGACUUCACUUCCAGAUGCAGUGGAGCAACUGCAAUCACUCAAGUUCCUCCUGUUACGCUCCAACCAGUUGGUUUCUUUGCCCGAUUCCAUUGGACAGUUGCGAUCUCUAUCGGAUCUGGACUUGCGGAACAACAACCUGACCAGACUACCUGAUUCUAUUGGACAGAUGGAGUCACUGAAUGACCUUAUCCUGAAAUCAAAUCAACUGACAGUCGUGCCGGAGUCUGUUGGACAGUUGCGGCGGCUCAUGUUUCUGAAUCUCGGGUCCAACAGGUUGGCUGAGCUGUUUGAAUUAGGGGGGUUGCGAUCGCUGGCGUAUUUCGACAUAGACAACAACCAGCUCACGUCAUUGCCUGAUUCGAUUGGGGAGUUGCAAUCACUCCAUAGGCUUCGGUUACAAUCAAACAAACUCACAUCUUUGCCUGAGUCCAUUUCACAGUUGCAGAGCCUCAAACAGCUGCAUGUGGACAACAAUCAGCUGUCCGCACUUCCUGAUUCUAUUGGAAACUUGACACAUUUGGAAAUAUUGACUUUGAACUCCAACCGUUUGAGUUCAUUGCCUGAGUCCAUGGACAAAUUGCACAUGUUUAAUUUGCAAUUGGAUUCUAAUCGUCUAACGUCAAUUCCUCACCUGAGCGCAAAAAACUUGGUGGUACUGAGAGCUGCCAAGAACCGCCUAAGAGCUUUGCCAGGCUUUGGCAACAUGACGCGGUUGGUAAUGCUUUCGUUGCACGACAACUUUUUGGAAAGAAUUUCCGAAAGCACUGGAAACUUGACACGUUUGAAAGUUGCGUUGCUUCAUGCCAAUCGAAUCCGUGACUCAGAGAUUUGCAAACUCGGAUUUGGUGAUAGUUUGAAGACACUUUACUUGCAUCGCAAUGCCCUGCGCGCGAUACCGCCUUGCUUGAGCGACUUGAGUGCUUUGGAGGUUCUGACCCUACACAGAAAUUCAUUGACUGAAGAAGUGCCCAGAAGACUUGUGGAACUUCCGAAUUUGAAUGUCCUCACCCUCCAUGAAAACCGACUGUACGGUGGCCUUCCGCAAGAGCUUGCGAAUGCAUCAAGGUUGUUUUUCUUUUCCGCACACUCGAACUAUUUGGUGGGUCCAAUUCCACCAUUAAGCAUUCACAAAGGCUGCGUCGACGAUGAAUCCUUCCGCACGGGCCAACACACAUGCUUUUAUUUUUCUGCCCUUGACCCUGCCUCACCAUUGAGCGCCUGCCGCACCAACCGAGAGGUUGCAUUGCAUUGUCCAAAGGCAUGCCAGAUGUGCAGUACUGCCAGUGCACGGGGUCCUAUUCUGUUGCUGCACCAGAAUCGACUUUCAUGCAGCUUACCAGAAGACGUGACCAGCUACCCCGAUCACAUGCGUUCGAUCACAUUGAUUGGAAACAUGUUGGGGAAUGGAAGCCAUGCAUUGCCGCAGUGGAUACACACUGAUGAACAUCAACCUUUUCUCUACCUAUCCGACAACAAGUCCAGUGAAAUCUUGAAAAGGAUGCUGUUGUUGGCAUCAACGAGCGCAUUGUGCUUGUUGCUUUUGGUUGGAAGCAGUGGGCUUCGCCACAUUUUGUUGUCAAAAGCGGGCGCGAAACAGACAAGGAAAGCACACAUGUUUCUCCUUGAAAUGGGUGCCACUUUGUCAGUUCUGGCUGUAGUUCUCUUUGCCUUUUACUUUGCCAAUGCACGAUACUACGCUUGUAGUAUUGGCUUUCCAUCCUCUACGCUGAGCAAUUUUUCGAACCCUUACCAUGGCAAUGCGUUGGUGGAAUGGUCUGUGGCAGGGUUGUGGACUUGUUGGAUUGCAGUUGGUGCCUGCUUUUUGCGACGUGCUCCCACUCCCAGUGCGGAGGAGACAACAUCCCGCUCGGCAUUUCUUCUGAAAGUGAUCUACAGUUGCUGUUGGUUGUGCAUUGUGGCCCUUUUAUCUUUCCCCUCUGUAGCAUAUGCAGUGGUGAGCGCCAUCCCUUUCAACAAUACCCUGAAGCUGUCGGCUUGGUGGCUGAAGUUUUUUCAUUACCAAGCUGCUUUGGUCAUGGUCCUGGUGGACAUGUUUAUUACCCCCAAACUGGUGGCAUUUUUUUCAGAUGCCACUGGCUUGCGCAGAUCGAUGUUGUUGAUGGCUGCACGUCUGGGGACGAUGUGGUUAGCUGCCGUGCUGAGCACACUCUAUCUGACCACCCACUGCAUGAACGGCUGGACCCAGUUAGCUGCCGUGCUGAGCACACUCUAUCUGACCACCCACUGCAUGAACGGCUGGACCCAUUUUUGGAAAGUUUGCGAUGAAAGCACAGAAGACUACAAGCUCUUCAACAUCAGUCUGGGUGACCACUCGAUUCUUGAGCCCAAAGCGGACCUGUGUUCAGCAAAGGAGUCUUGGUGGAGUGACAGUGCAUGUCCACGUGCCGUGAUCAAUACCAUGGCACCUUUGUUGGUGUCGAAGAUGGUCACCCGUGCCUUCCUGCAGCCCAUCAUCACCUUGCUCAGGUGGCAAAUGUCGUAUCGGGAAGGAGGGCAGCUCUACAUGUGGCGCAAUCUGAUUUGUACCAGUCUUUCCUUGGAACAUGGUCAGCAAGCAAGUUUGUUGGUGACUUGGGCUGAAGUAGCUUUGCUUUGGGGAGCCUUGGUGCCUGUUCUGCUGCCAGUGGUGCUCAUGGCAACAGGCACCAACAUGUUGAUGUGCAAAGUGGGGCAUGGCCACUUUGGUGUGGAGCACUUGAUGUUAGACAAGGCAUCAGCUGGGAUGUCCCGCAGGUAUUUGCACGGGAGUUUGAGUGGUUUGAUCUUCUUUCAGAACUGGUUCGCAUGGUCCAGUGGCAUGCAUGGCCGGUGGUUACUUCUACUUGCUGCCCUGAUCUACGCCCUCGAGCUGGUCGGCUUUGUGGGGAUCGUGAGGGAAGACGCUGACGUCGAAAAGACGGCCGAAGGCCUGUUCAAAGGAGCGUUCUUCAACAAUGGACAGACCUGCUGCGCUGCCAAGCGGAUCUAUGUCCAGGAGAAGAUUUACGAUGAAUUUGUGGAGGCCUUCUGCAAGCGCGCUCGCAUGGCGGUGUUGGGCAAUGGCUUGUCUGCCAGCACUGAACUGGGGCCCCUGGCCAGUGCUGUGCAGCUGAAGCAUGUGACCGAGCUAGUGGAGGACGCACGUCGCAAGGGUGGUCGCGUCCUUUGCGGUGGUGGUGCCACUGCCGGGCCACCGGGAGAUGUGAGUUCUAACACAGGGCUGUUCUAUCUUCCAACCAUCGUGGUGGAUGUUGCAGAGGGCACACGGCUCGUGGAUGAGGAGCAGUUUGGCCCAGUGGUGCCAGUGAUGCCCUACAAGGAUGACGAAGAGGCGAUUUUGAGGGCCAACAGCACCAAGUACGGCUUGGGCGCAUCCAUUUGGAGCGAAAACUUGGAGAAGGCCAACGAGAUCGCCAACCGCUUGAAGGCCGGCACGGUGUGGGUGAACAGACAUUGCGAAUUCAUCCGCAACGCGCCCUUUGGGGGCAUUGACUCCUCCGGCAUCGGCCGUGCCGGGGAUUUGGGCGACCAGGACUUGAGCCAAUACACCGAGAUCCGGACGUUGUGCUUGGCAAAGGUGCCGCCGAAGCUACCACCAGCGGUGGAAAGCCUCAAGAGGUGUCCAGAAGUUCACCUGGAAGAACGCGCGAGGUCCAUGCUGCAGCGGCUCUUCCGGCGCAUUCGCCCUGAGACCUGGCUGGACGUGGAAAAGGGCGCCGAGGAGGCGAUGAGAGUCUUUCCCUUUCAGCCAGUGGAACUGCGUAGCGCUCUGGAGAGUCUGAAAGAUCCCACAGGACCCCCAGCAGUGAUCCUGCGUGGCUUGCCCUUGGAAAGCCCUUCCUCGCGGCAACGACGUGAGUCGGAGGCCUCCCUGAUGGGCGUCCUGGGCCUGUUGGAGGUGAAAUCCUUCUGCUACGAAGCCGAGGAGGGCGACAGCAUGGUGAAAGACCUCAAAGAGGAGACGGGGUCCAUCUGGCGUCGUCAGGGUCGGCACUUCCCCAGAUACGAUCCGCCCCGGCGGCUCUUCCGGCCUGAAAAGUCGGUGCCAGAGUUUGUGGCUGCCAUGUGCACAGAGGGUGAUGAAGUGCAGGGCAGCAUCGUCGAUUUCAGGAAGCUCCGAGCUGUGGCGGAUCCCGAGGAUCUGAAGAUUUUACAGCAAGAGCCUUUAGCCUUCUUCGACAACGAGACAGGCAUGCGUUCAGAGCGUGUCCUGGUGGCGGGAGAGAUGGAGGAGGACGGCAGUGCCGGCGGAGCCACCGCGGAAGAGACCCAGCGCCUCAAGGAGCAGAUCGAUGCUGCAGAGAAGAGAGCGGCGAAAGCUGAACAGGAAUACAAGGAUGCUGUGGCCAAACACUCGGAGGUGGAGAAGCAGAACAAGGAGUUAACCGAGUUGGCCGCCAACUUUGGUGCCAGUAAUGAACGGGCCAAAGCCUUGGCCCAAGCAGAGCUGGUGAACAUGGCCAAGGUUUGGCGUGCUCAACGUGCCGUCGACGAGUGCAAGGGCAAGAAACAGGUGUCCCAAGAUCGCCUGGAGUUCUGGCAAGAUGCCCUGAACAUUGCCGUGAACAAGCGGAAGGACAUGGAGUUCAGUCGUUCGGAUGCAAAUAGAAACUCUGUGGCAGCUUCGCAGGAGGCUCAGGACUCCUCCCGGGCAGCUGAAGCAGCCAAGACGCAGCUACAGGAAGCCGAGGCUGCAGCGGCAGAGGCACUGCGAGUGGCAGAGGAGUGUCGCAGAAAGGAGAAGGAGGUCUUCAUGGCAUCCUUCCAGUGCGACUCCUUCCUGGCGGCCGCCGAGACGGCCAUCGAAGCCUCCUCGCACGCGGAGCAAGACGCCCAGGAGCUGAUCGCCAAGCGAGAGGCGGAGCUGCAAAGCUUGCAGGAGGCGAUUCAAAAAGCCAACGAGCGACUGCAGCAGGUGCAAAGCCACAAACACGAGAAGUUGCAGGAGAAGGAGCGGUUGAAAGGCGAUAAGGACGCGAAGCAGGCAGAGCUGCAAGAAGCCGAAGCCGAGCGAAAGAGAGCGGAGGAACAGCUGCAGGAAGCGGAUCAGGCGGUGGAAAACGCCAAGAAGAUGCUGCUGGAGAUGAUGGGACAAAGCCGCCUCUUGGUUCUCGUUUUUGCCUGUGGCAUCACCUCAGCAACUGCUUCUGCCAAGCGUGGAAUUGCGAAGGCCAAUAUCCAGGAACACCAGCUGCAUGCCCUGAAGCAAGGCGUGUCCUGGGGCUACAACUGGGAGCUCAAUCCACGGAUGUCGUGGGGACGUGCCCAGAUGGAUUUCUUUCCCAUGGUGCACAACAACAACUUCCCCCGUAACGCUGGGGGUGGCCAGUUCCGAGCCUUGUUGGGCUUCAACGAACCAGACAUCCACCACCAGGCGGCCAUGAACCCAUGGCACGCCGCCGCCAUCUGGCCAGAAGUGGAACGCGUGGCACGAAACUACGGGGUGCAGACCUUGGUCAGCCCAGCGAUGUGCGGAGACAUUGGCAAGGGCACUUGGUGGAUGGGAGAGUUCUUGAAGGCUUGCAAGGGCUGCCGCGUCGACGCUGUGGCCAUCCACAGCUACUGGUGCAGUCUUUCGGGACUGCAGAAUCUGGUGGAGAACUACAAGAAGUUCGGCAAGAAGAUCUGGCUCACCGAGUUCGCCUGUGCAGAUCAGAGAUACGACGUGUCCAUGCAGGGGCAGAUCAAGUUCAUGAAGGAAGUGGUGCCAUGGUUGGAGCAAGAGCCGGCCAUUGAGAAGUAUGCAUGGUUCAGCUACUUCACCAACGAGUGGUCCUACGGCAUCACCAAUCCCAACCCGGAUGCGGGUCUCGUGAACUGGAACGGUGCGUUGUCCGAACUGGGACGUGUCUAUGUGAGCCUUGGGUCAGGGCGACGGCUCACAGGAAACGAGACUGACAAUGUCACCAUGCCAGAGUUUGAGUCAAACAAUACCGCGCCCAUUUUCGCGUGA